CACGACUCGCAACGUCAACACGAUGUAUUCAUUCGUGUGCUGAAGUUGUUGGGGUGGGUGGGUGGGUGGGGGGAUAGCUGCCCGCGUUUGAGACCUGCCCUCGCGAGUCCAUCGUGAGCGAUCGGAGAGAAGCCAUGGCUGCCGUAUUCGCGGCGCCUGUGCCGAGCGUGCUGGACCAGGCAGCGCUCGUCAAGAAAUGUCUCCAGCAGGCGUACUCGCUCACCGACAGCAACACCCCCGAUGAGGCGAAGUUGAAGGCUAUGCAAGAAGUCAGUGAAAACUUUGAGAAUGUCACGACGUCGCCACAGUACCCAUUCUUCCUGGAGCACGUGAUCCCACGCUUCCUCACCUUCCUGCAGGAUGGGGAGGUGCAGCACCUGCAGGAGAGACCUCUCCAGCAACUGCGAAAGCUAGUGUUGGAGAUCGUCCACCGCAUCCCGACCAACGAACACCUGCGCAUCCACGCGAAGAAUAUCCUGUCGCUGAUGUUCCGCUUCCUGGAGGUGGAGAACGAGGAAAACGUGCUCAUCUGCCUGCGAGUCAUCAUUGAGCUUCACAAACAGUUCCGGCCGCAGAUCACGCAGGAGAUUCACCAUUUCCUGGACUUUGUGAAGCAAAUCUACAAGGAUCUUCCCAAAGUAGUGAACCGCUACUUCGAGAACCCUCAGCCAAUCCCGGACAAUGCUCCCUUGUCUCAGGAGAUGGUUGGGAUGGUGACGGCAGUGCAAGUGAAGGUCAACCCAGAGCGAGAGGACAGCGAGACCAGGACGCACACGCUCAUCCCGAAGGGCACUCUCUCACUCAAAGUCCUGGCAGAACUCCCCAUCAUCGUCGUGUUAAUGUACCAGCUGUACAAGCAGAGCAUCCACAAUGUGGUCGCGGAGUUCAUCCCUCUCAUCAUGAGCACCAUCACCCUGCAAGUGUCUCCGCAGGCCAAGCAAAACAAGCUGUUCAACAAGGAGCUGUACGCCGACUUCAUUGCGGCUCAGAUCAAAACGCUGUCCUUCUUGGCUUACAUUAUCCGAGUCUAUCAGGAGCUGGUGAGUAAGUACUCGCAGCAGAUGGUGAAGGGGAUGCUGCAGCUGCUCGCUGGCUGCCCACCCGAGACGGCUCACCUGCGCAAAGAGCUCCUCAUCGCCGCCAAGCACAUCCUCACCACGGACCUGCGCAACCAAUUCAUCCCCCAGAUGGACAAGCUGUUUGACGAGUCCAUCCUCAUCGGUUCUGGCUACACGGUCAGGGAGACGCUCAGGCCGCUCGCCUACAGCACGCUCGCCGACCUGGUGCACCACGUGCGCCAGCACCUGCCGCUGUCGGAGCUGGCGCUGGCCGUGCGCCUCUUCUCACGCAACAUCGACGACGAGACUCUGCCCAGCAGCAUCCAGACGGUGUCGUGCAAGCUGCUGCUCAACCUCGUGGAGUGCAUCCGCUCCCGCAGCGAACAGGAGGGAGGCAACGGGCGCGAGGUGCUGCUGCGCAUGCUGGAGGUGUUCGUGCUCAAAUUCCACACAAUCUCCAAGUACCAGCUGCCGGCCAUCUUCAAGAAGUGCAAACCGCAGGCGGAGCUCGUUGGGGUCAUGCCCGGCAGCUCGGAGAUGAUGGCGCCCGCCACACCGGGCCCCGGUCCCAGCCCCAGCCCCUGCCCCACACCCACGUCGGUGGCUCCCUCCACGUCCUCCCAGGGCCCCUCCACACCGGGGACCCCCGGGGCGGUGGUCGGCGGCGGCGGCGGUGGCCCGGGGCCUCCGCUACCUUCCGUCGCGUCCACAUCGCACCACAUGGGGGCGGCGGUGACGACGACGCCGCAGCAGCAGCAGCAGCAGCAGCCGCAGGGAAGUGGCGGUGGCGGUGGUGAGAGAGUGGCGCAAGGUGCCACGGAGCAAGCUGACAAGCAGCCGUUCUGCGUGGGCGACUGCCGCGGUCUGGUGAAGACCCUGGUGUGCGGAGUUAAGACCAUCACCUGGGGCAUCGGUUCGUGCAAGACACCCGGAGAUGCCACCGCUGUGCACAAGCAGUUUCAGCCGAAGGAGACGCAGAUAUUCAUCAAACUGGUGAAAUAUGCCAUGCAGGCUCUCGACAUUUACCAGGUGCAGGUGGGAGUGAACGGGCAGACGUACAUCCGAGCCGCCAACUCGCAGACGGUGCGCAUCAAGGAGGAGAAGGAGGUGCUGGAGCACUUUGCCGGAGUGUUCACCAUGAUGAACCCGCUGACCUUCAAGGAGAUCUUCCAGACCACGGUUCCCUACAUGGUGGACCGUAUCGCAAAGAACUACGCGUUGCAGAUUGUGGCCAACUCAUUCCUGGCAAACCCCAGCACGUCGGCGCUGUUCGCCACCAUCCUGGUGGAGUAUCUGCUGGAGCGUCUGCCCGAGAUGGGAUCCAACCUGGAACGCUCCAACCUCUACCUCAAGCUCUUCAAGCUCGUCUUCGGCUCCGUCUCGCUAUUCGCAGCCGAGAAUGAGCAGAUGCUCAAGCCCCAUCUGCACCGCAUAGUGACGAGCGCCAUGGAGCUGGCGCAGACGGCGAAGGAGCCAUACAACUAUUUCCUGCUGCUGCGGGCGCUCUUCCGCUCCAUCGGAGGGGGCAGCCACGAUCUGCUGUACCAGGAGUUCCUGCCGCUGCUGCCUAACUUACUGCAGGGCCUGAACAUGCUGCAGAGCGGCCUGCACAAGCAGUACAUGAAGGACCUGUUUGUGGAGCUGUGCCUGACGGUGCCGGUGCGCCUCAGCUCGCUGCUGCCCUACCUGCCCAUGCUCAUGGACCCGCUGGUGUCGGCGCUCAACGGCUCGCAGACGCUCGUGAGCCAGGGCCUGCGCACGCUCGAGCUGUGCGUGGACAACCUGCAGCCCGACUUCCUGUACGACCACAUCCAGCCCGUGCGCGCCGAGCUCAUGCAGGCGUUGUGGCGGACCCUGAGGAACCCCGCGGACAACAUCUCACACGUGGCCUACCGCGUGCUGGGCAAGUUUGGCGGCAGCAACCGCAAGAUGCUGAAGGAGUCGCAGAAGCUGAGCUGGCAGGGCACCGAGACGCAGGGCCCCAGCGUCACCGUGGAGUUUCCCGACUGCAAGGCCUCCAUUCAGCUGCCCAUGGAGAAGGCGAUUGAGACUGCCCUGGACUGCCUAAAGAGCGCCAGCACGGAACCCUACUACAGGCGUCAAGCCUGGGAGGUCAUCCGUUGCUUCCUGGUCGCCAUGAUGUGCCUGGAUGACAGCAAGGUUCCGCUGCAUCAGCUACUGGCGCAUCCCAGCUUCACGGACAAGCCGGUGCCGUCGGUGAUCAUCUCGCACCGCUUCAAAGCUCAGGACACGCCGGCGCGUCGCACCUUCGAGCAAGCGCUCACCGGCGCCUUCAUGUCGGCCGUCAUCAAGGACCUCCGGCCCAGCGCCCUGCCCUUCGUGGCCAGCCUCAUCCGCCACUACACCAUGGUGGCCGUGGCGCAGCUGGCCGGCCCGUUCCCGCUGGGUGCCCACAAGCCCGACUCGCAGCUGAGCACGCUGAUGUUCCACGGCGAGGAGGGCGGCGCGCGUUGCAUGGACCCGCUGGUGCUGGUGGACGCCAUCGCAGUGUGCAUGGCGUACGAGGAGAAAGAGCUGUGCAAGAUCGGCGAGGUGGCGCUCGCCAUCAUCUUCGACGUCGCCUCCAUCAUCAUGGGCUCCAAGGAGAGGGCGAGCCAGCUGCCUCUCUUCUCGUACGUGGUGGAGCGCCUGUGCGCGUGCUGCUACGAGCAGGCGUGGUACGCCAAGCAGGGCGGCUGCGUGGCCAUCAAGUUCCUCAUGGAGCGCCUGCCUCUCGCCUGGGUGCUCCAGCAUCAGUACACCUUCCUCAAGGCCCUGCUCUUCGUCAUGAUGGACCUCACCGGGGAGGUGUCGAGCGGCGCCGUGGCGAUGGCGACGGCGACACUGGAGCAGCUGCUGGUGCGGUGCGCGUCCCCGCUGCGCGACGACGAGCGCACGGCGGAGCUGGUGGCCUCGCAGGCCAAGGCGCUGCACGCGGCCACGCACGAGCUGGUGCGCGAGGUCACCUCGCCCAACCAGACGGUGCGCGUGCAGGCCAUGCGCUCGCUGCAGGUGCUGGCGCGCGCCACGGGCAAGAGCGUCGCCGACAUUAUGGAGCCCCACAAGGAGGUGCUCCAAGACAUGAUCCCACCCAAGAAGCAUCUGCUGAAACAUCAGCCGGCCAACGCGCAGAUCGGCCUCAUGGAGGGCAACACCUUCUGCACGACGCUUCAGCCGCGCCUCUUUACCAUGGACCUCACCAUCAUGGAGCACAAGCUCUUCUUCUCCGAGCUGCUCACCCUGUGCGAGGCCGAGGACGCUGCCCUCAUGAAGCUGCCCUGCUACAAGUCGCUGCCCUCCCUGGUUCCCCUGCGCAUCGCCGCGCUCAAAGCGCUGGCGUCGUGCAACUACCUGGCCGAGGUUCGAGAGAAGAUCAUCGCGGCCCUCUUCAAGGCUCUCAACUCCAGCAACGACGAGCUGCAGAAGGCGGGCGAGUCGUGCAUGGAAAAGUUCCUGGAGGGCACAACCAUCGGUAUGGAUCAGAUCCACAAUCUGAUGCGGCCGCUGCUGAUGCUUUUGGGCGACUACCGCAGCCUGAGCCUCAACGUCGUCCGUCGCUUCACCUCCGUCACCCGCCUCUUCCCCAGCUCGCUCAACGACAAAUUCUGCGACCAGAUCAUGCAACACCUGCGGAAGUGGAUGGAGGUGGUGGUGAUCGCUCACAAGGGAGGACAACGCAAUGACGGAUCGCCUGCCAUGGAAGGUCUGGAGAUGACGCUUGGGUGUGUCAGCCCGGCAGCGUUAGCUCCUGGCAAUUAUGGGAUUUCAUUGGAAAUGAAGAUUUGCGCGGCGAUCAUCAACCUGUUCCACCUGAUACCGGCGGCGCCGCAGACCCUGGUGAAGCCGCUGCUGGAGGUGGUGAUGAAGACGGAACGUGCCAUGCUCAUCGAGGCUGGUAGCCCAUUCCGGGAGCCACUCAUCAAGUUCUUGACUCGCUACCCAGCUCAGACGGUGGAGCUUUUCAUGAUGGAGGCCACGCUGAACGACCCGCAGUGGAGCCGCAUGUUCAUGGUGACGCGUGACGAACGCCGUUGUGACGUCACACGCAUCUCCCACGUGGAGCAGGUGACGCGAGACGAACGCCGUUGUGACGUCACGCGCAUCUCCCACGUGGAGCAGGUGACGCGAGACGAACGCCUUUGUGACGUCACACGCAUCUCCCGCGUGGAGCAGGUGACGCGAGACGAACGCCGUUGUGACGUCACACGCAUCUCCCACGUGGAGCAGGCGACGCGAGACGAGUUGGUAGCUGACCCCUUCAAGGGUCUGGGAGGUUGUAGGCGUUGA